CAACAACACAUCUCCGCUCAGAAUGCAACCUGCCGCUGGUGCCGCCGCCGGUAGCAGCAGUGGUGCUGCGCCUGCACCUGUUGCCAGUGCAGGUGCAGGCCCAGCUACUGGCGCCGGCCCUGCGGGUGUGACCGCAGCACCUCCGCCGGCGGGCAAGAGCUCGAACGGCUCGGAAGGCGACAGCGCCAGCGCCAACAACAACGGCUCGGGCGACGGUGCGCCGGACGACAGCGCCGCGCCGGUGCUCACCAAGAUUUCGUGCAUCGAGUGCCGCCGACUCAAACGCAAGUGCGACCGCAUCCAUCCGUGCGAGCAGUGCCGGCGGUACGGCAAGACGUGUGUGUUCCCCGAAGCAGAGGUCCCGCGGCGCGGCAAGAAGUACAUCGCCGAGGUGGAAGACCGCGUCGAGCGGCUCGAACGCCUGCUGGCCGAGCACGCACCGCACGCGCUCGAGGCCAGCGCGAGCCUGGAUGACGAGCUGCGCCGGCGUAUCCCGCACGCGCACGCGCACCCGCAAGCGCACCACCACCAGCACCACGCGUCGCCGCGGCUCCCCAUCUCGCCAGUGCUGGGCACGAACGGCAUCUUUGCGCACCCGGGCAACCCGGCCGGCAGCGACCGGCGGCACAGCACAGCGAGCAGCACGCUGCCGACGCCGCCGACGGGCCCGCCGUCCGGCAGCAUGCUCCCGCCGCCUAGCGUGUCGCCGACGUCGUCGCUCUUCUUCGAGCCGCACGGCGGGACGCACGCGCCGCCCCCGCCCCCGCCGCCGCACCACCUCUCGCCCGCGAGCCGCGUCAACCCCCAGGCGUCGUUCGAGACGGUCGCGUCCACGGCCGACGCGUACGAGCGCCAGCCGCGCAACGCGCUCGGAUACGAGUGGGACGAGCGCAAGCGCGGCACGACGCACGAGAACGACGGCACGGCCAGUCUGAGUGUCGACCCCGACGGCGAGGGAUACCUCGGCUUUGCGUCGGGGUCCACGCUGCUCAGUAUCCUGCAGAUCGUCGCGGGGGGGAUUUCGCUAUCGCACAUCCCGCCCAGUGCCGAGCCGGCGCCGCCGGAAAACUGGCAGCCGUCCCACGCCGAGAUGAGCAGGUACAUCGACGCGUACUUUGAGCACUACCACACGCAGUACCCCAUCAUCCACGAGAGCACCUUCCGCGCACAGUAUGCCGAGGUGAUCCCGCGCCCGCCGCGCGCGCAGUGGGCAGUGCUCAUGCACGUCGUCAUUGGUCUCGGGGCAAUCUGCUCCACGGCGCCAAUGUACAUUGUCGACCACUUCCUCGAGCGCGCGAUUGCGGUUAUCACGGUUGAUCACUUGGAAACGGGCAGCUUGACGCUCGUGCAGGCCUUCACGCUGCUGAGUAACCUCGCGCAGAAGCGCAACAAGAGCAACGCGGGCAGCGUGUACCUCGGCAUUGCGGUGCGCAUGGCCAUCGGCCUCGGCCUGCACCGCGAGCUGCCGAUGUGGAACAUCAAGCCGUUUGAGCGCGAGGUGCGGAGACGCGUGUGGUGGGUCGUGUUCAUCUUUGACGCCGGAGCGAGUGUGACGUUUGGAAGGCCGAUCCUACUGCCGUACGGCUCCGCAGACGUCAAGAUGAUCCACAAUGUACAGGACCGCGACUUUACGCCGUCGGCGCCCGCCGUCCCGCCCGCGUCGUCCGAGACGACAAUCUACACGUCGCUCAUCUACCAGGCGUCGUUCCACCUCUGCGCGAACAGAAUCUACGAGCGCGUCAUCUCGACCCCGCCCCCGUCGGGCGAGGAGGUGCUCGAGCUCGACCACGACAUUCGGCACUGGCACGCGACGAUCCCAAAGUGGUUCGCGUCGCCCGUGACCCACGACGACCACUUCCGCGACACGCCGUGGCUGCACUUCUCCGCGCACAAGCUCUUCUGGCGAUACUGUAAUCUGCGUAUCAUUCUCCACCGCCGCGCGUUCCUCGAGCGCGCGCUCCAGCGCCUGCCGCUCAGCGCCAUCCACACGGGGCAGGAGGAGCUCGAGCACACGUUGUCGAGCUACUGCCUCCAGAGCGCGAUGGACACGAUUUACGACAUUCACGACUUCUUCAAGGGGAGGAAGUUGAAUCAGCUGGAGAAGUGGUACGGGCUUCACUUCCUCUUCCAGUCAUCGUUCGUCCCGCUCAUCGCGCUAUGGACCGACGUGACGUCGCCCGACCGCGCAGCGUGGCAAGAAGCCGUGCGGCAGACGCGCGAGACGCUCACAUUGCGCGCCAUCCAGACUGACCCGCUCGCCGAGCGCUGCCUGCGCAUCAUCGACCUGCUUACGCCGCCUGUCCAGCCGGACAAUGUGCCGACGGAUGUGAACGCGCUGCUGGAUCUGUUUACUGCCAACUCGCAGUGGCAGGACGCGGGGGAUGUUGCGCACCAGCUGCUGCCCUAUGCCGACCUGGCGACCCUCAUGACGCUCUGGCCGUCGUCCUCGACGAGCUAGAUGCGUCUGCCUAAUCUCCGAACCUGGACUUGCCCAACUUGACUGCGUAUCUGUG